AUGGCCGUCGCUGAGAAUGCUGGUAUCAAAGUUGACUCUUCUGCUCAGAACUUAGACAACAACAACACUACUCCAAAUGGUGGAGGGAGUCUCAAGAGUGAGAUCAAAGAUUUGUCUGAUGCGUUGUCCAAGCUCAACCCCAUGGCGAAGGUGGAUUUGAUGAAAGAAGGCAAGAUAGUGACCCUGCGCAAUGCUAAGAUUGACAUAUACCAAGGAUCUAUGAGGCUUGCAGUUGAUAGAUGGGGCUGCGUUAAAGUCUCAGAGGAGCCACCAGACAUCAUUGUCAAGGAAAAUAACAAUCUUUCUCUCAUCGAGUAUGAGCUUGUGAGUGUCGAAGCUUGA